AUGACGGGUGAAGAAUAUGGCGAAGUCCGCCUCGAGGCUAUGUCUGCAGUAGAUGCUCUUCUUGGGCUGGACGAGAUGUCCCUUGAAGAGCUCGGCAGUGCCUUGAAGGCAGACGAUUUGGUCGAAGUGGUCAUUGUACUACCGGACGAGGAGAUAGACUCGUCAUCGCUUUUGGAUGAAGCUGUCUCGGAAGCCACCAAGAGAGUGCUGAACGCACGGAGUGGAUCGUCGAUUCUACGGAAUCCCUUGGAUCCGUACUAUCCUUUGGUAAAGGAAUUUUAUGACGUCGUCCCUAAAGACCCGCCUUCGGUUUUACCUCCGGACUGA